AUGGACGCAUACCAUGAGUUUAUAGAACCGUCAAGGGUCAACAAUUGUGUUGGAUGUAACUUUAUAUCACCCCAAUCUAAACAUCUAAUUGUUGCCAAGGGUAAUUUGCUCCAAAUCUUUGAACCAGUGCUUAUAAAACAACAAUCAACACCCACAAAACCCAAAUACAAACUACAGAUCAUAGGACAGUUCAAGCUUAAUGGAUUGAUCACAGAUUUACAUCCUUUACGGACAGUCGAGAAUCCCCAUUUGGAUUACUUGAUUGUUUCUACCAAAUACGCUAAAUUCUCCAUCAUCAAAUGGAAUCACCAUUUACAUACGAUUUCCACGGUGUCUUUGCAUUACUACGAGCAUGCAAUUCGAAAUUCGACUUUUGAGAAGUUGGGGAUCUCUGAGUUGAUAGUGGAGCCUACUUUUAACUCGUGCAGUUGUCUUCGAUUCAAGAAUCUUUUAUGUUUCUUACCAUUUGCAGUUUCAGACGAAGAAGAAGAGGAAGACGACGAAGAAGAUAUGGACUUGGACAACAAGAAAGAAAAGAAGGAGAAGUUGGAUAUAAACGGCAAACCAGCCGAUGCUGUGUCUUUCUACGACUCGAGUUUUAUAAUAGACGCACAAACUCUCGAUUCGUCCAUUGAAACCGUGGUGGAUAUUCAAUUCAUGCAUAACUAUAGAGAACCAACCAUAGCAAUUUUAUCCCUGAAAAGUAAUGUGUGGGCCGGAAACUUGCUCAAAGUCAAGGAUAAUGUCCUGUUCCAAGUGAUGACCUUGGAUCUCGUGUCAAAGUCCACCGUGUCUGUGUUUAAGAUUGAUAACUUACCUUAUGAAAUAGAUAGGAUUAUUCCGUUACCUUCUCCAUUAAAUGGAUGUUUAUUAUUAGGAUGUAAUGAAAUAUUUCAUGUUGAUAAUGGUGGGAUCAUUAAACGUAUUGCUGUCAAUUCAUUUACUUCAUUAGUCACGGCCUCCACAAAGAGUUACCAAGAUCAAACUGACUUAUCCUUGCUGUUGGAAGAUUGCUGUAUUAUUCCUAUCCCUGGUGAUCAUCGUGUCCUAAUGGUGUUGACUACUGGACAAUUCUUCUAUAUUAAUUUUGAAUUGGAUGGAAAGGCAAUUAAAAAAGUUCAUAUAGACACUGUGGAUCAAGCGUUGUAUAGCCAGAUUAAAUUGUGCUAUCCAGGAGAAGUUGCAGUUUUAGAUCACAACUUGUUGUUUUUCGCUAAUGAGAAUGGAAACAGUCCGUUGGUUCAGUUUAGAUAUACUGAUGUCGAUCAAAAAAGAAUUACCCAAGAAGCAGCAAAAGAAGAGAAGAAGGAAGAAAAAGAUGACGAAGAGGAUGAAGAUGAUCUAUAUAUGGAUGAAGAGAAUGAAGAAGAACAGAAACAAAUUAUAUCUAAUUCGCCAAUCGAGUUUAUUCAUCAUGACGAACUUAUUAAUAAUGGACCAAUUUCUUCAUUUACCCUCGGAACUUAUUCUCGAGAAAAGUUUAAAUCCAAUUUACCUAAUCCAAACUAUAAUGAGGUUUGUCUCGUUGCCAAUGCAGGAACUCAUGAAUUGGCCAAGUUGAAUAUAAUCACACCCACCAUCCAGCCAAACAUUUCGUUUUCAUUGACAUUCUCCCAAGUCAACAGAAUGUGGAACUUAAAUCAAAAAUAUUUGAUCACGUCCGAUGACAUCAAUUCCAAAUCGGAAAUUUUUCAAAUUGAAAAGUCCUUUGCUAGGUUGAAUUCUAAAGAUUUUAUAAACGAUGAAUUGACUAUCAACAUGCAUGAAUUGAACAAUGGGAAAUUCAUAUUACAAGUCACCCCAAAACAGAUUGUAUUAUACAACAACAACUUCAAAAAGAGAUUGACCUUGAAUGAUGAAAUCAAAGAUGAUGAAAUCUUGAGCAGUAUUCUCCGUGAUGAAUUUAUGAUGAUCUUUUUAGCCAGUGGUGACGUCAUGAUUUUCUCAAUCAAUACUUAUAAUGAAACGUAUACCAAGAUUGAAAUUCCAAAAAUGUUAAGUGAUACAAUUAUCACCACCGGUUAUAUUACCAAUUCCCACUUAUUAAGUGCGGUCCUGAAGGAUGUGAACUUGUUGAUUAAUAGAGGAACAAAGAGAAGACAUGGUUCGAUUGGUGGUGCACCUCCUGCUAAACCCACCACCGGACCUAAACUGAAAAUGUUUGUUUUGGUUACUGGUGAUAAUCGAAUUGUGGCAUUUAAUAGAUUUCAUAAUCAACGUUGUUUCCAAUUGAAUCAUGUGGAUAAAUUCACUGAUAAUUUGACAUUGGCGUUUUUCGACCCGAACCAAAAUGCCCCUGAUCCAUUCAUUAAACAAAUCAUCUUGAAUGAGUUAGGAGAUAGGACACACAAGGAGGAAUACUUGACUAUAUUGACGAUUGGAGGAGAAGUCAUAAUGUAUAAGCUUUAUUUUGAUGGUGAGAAUUACAUAUUCAAGAAGGAAAAGGAUUUACGGAUUACCGGUGCUCCUGAAAAUGCAUAUCCUUUAGGAACCACCAUUGAAAGAAGAUUAGUUUAUUUCCCCAAUUUGAACGGAUACACCAGUAUUUUCGUCACAGGUAUAAUCCCCUACCUCAUCAUGAAACCCAUGCAUUCCAUCCCACGAAUCUUCCAAUUUUCGAAAAUACCAGCAUUAUCAAUAUCGGCAUUUUCCGAUUCCAAAAUCAAGAACGGGUUGAUCUUUUUGGAUAAUAGUAAGAAUGCCCGUAUUUGUGAAUUAUCCCUUGAUUUCACGUAUGAAUUCAAUUGGCCUAUGCGACAAAUCCAUAUUGGCGAUCUGAUUAAAUCGAUCACAUACCAUGAAACUUCAAACACGUAUGUUGUGUCUACAUUCAGGGAGAUUCCUUACGAUGGGUUAGAUGAAGAUGGGAAACUUAUCGUGGGUACACUUCCCGAUAAGACUCCGCGUCCGGUGGCUUAUAAAGGAUCCAUUAAGAUGAUUUCGCCAUUAAACUGGACUGUGAUUGACACCAUUGAAUUAGACGACACGGAAGUUGCCAUGAAUGUUCAAAGUAUGAUGUUAGAUGUGGGAUCACUGAUGAAGAAGUUUAAGAAUAAAAAGGAGUUUAUUGUGAUAGGCAGUGGGAAAUACCGUAAUGAAGAUCUUGUUGCUAAUGGAUCGUUCAAGAUUUUUGAAAUUGUCGAUAUUGUGCCUGAACCAGGCAAGCCAGAAACCAAUCAUAAGUUCAAGGAGGUCUUCCAAGAAGACACUCGGGGUGCCGUCACUAGUAUUUGUGGAUUAAGUGGCCGACUCUUGAUUGCACAAGGACAAAAGGUUAUUGUGAGAGAUGUCCAAGAUGAUGGGGUUGUGCCGGUGGCGUUCUUGGAUACUGCCGUGUACGUCAGUGAACUGAAAAGUCUUGGGAAUUUAUUAAUGUUGGGAGAUCCCCUCAAAAGUUGUUGGUUAGUUGGAUUUGAUGCCGAGCCAUUUAGAAUGAUUAUGUUGGGGAAAGACUUGCACCAUUUGAACGUAAGCUGUGGAGAUUUCAUUACUAAAGACGAAGAUAUUUACAUGUUAAUUGCUGAUAAUAAUAACAUUCUUCAUUUGAUUCAGUAUGAUCCUGAUGACCCACAAUCUUUGAAUGGACAACGAUUGAUUAGCAAAUCCGCAUUUGAGAUUGAAUCCACCGUGAGCUGUAUGCGGAAAUUGCCCAAGAUUGAAUCAAGUUUUGAGAAAAGUGAGAUCAAAUUCCUGCCUAUUGAUGAAUUCCAAAUUAUUGGAUCAACCAGUGAUGGAUCAUUUUUCAAUGUUUUCCCUGUGGAUGAAUCAAGUUACAGAAGAAUGUAUAUAUUGCAACAGCAAUUAACCGACAAGGAGUAUCAUUAUUGUGGGUUGAAUCCAAGAUUGAAUAGGUUUGGUGGUGCCAUUGAGUUGCGUGAUAAUGAAACUAACACCAAGCCAAUAUUAGAUUUUGGGUUGAUUAAAAGGUAUGCUCAAUUGAACGAAGAUCGGAAGCGGAAUUUAGCCAGUAAAGUCAGUGCCAAGGAUAUUUAUGUUAACAUUUGGCAAGAUAUCAUUGAAUUUGAGCAUUCUUUACAAGGAUUGUGA